CUCUUCAUCACUUUACUGCUUCACUUUGGAGCAGGAAUCAGUGAUGGAAUCAUUCUCCAUCACAGAGCUGGAGAUGACGUCGUUUUACCGUCUAAGGUUGGUUCAUCACCCGACCAAUGUUCUGAUGUUGAAUGGUAUCAUUACAACGUUGAAGACAAUAUAAAAUACAUCGUUCUUAAUGGAACUAUUGUGAAGACGUCACCUGGAGCUGACAGGAUGAGUUUGAGCAGUGACUGCUCUCUGAUCAUCAACAACAUCACUGCUGAAGAUGCUGGUCAAUACAUCUGUAGGAUUAGAAAAGGUGUUGGUUACUCUGUCACAUAUGUGUAUGUGAAUGUUGUAACAGCAGGAAUUGAUCUCCAUCACAGAGCUGGAGAUGACGUCGUUUUACCAUGUCACAUUGAAUCUUCAUCCGACGACUGUUCUAAUCUUGAAUGGAUUUACAACAACAUUCAAAAUGCAGAUGAACACUUCAAGGUUACUGAUGGAGAUAUUGUGAAGACGUCACCUAGAGCUGACAGGAUGAAUGUGAGCAGUAACUGCUCUCUGAUCAUCAACAACAUCACUGCUGAAGAUGCUGGUCAUUACAUCUGUUGGAAUGGAUAUGGUGAUUCCACAUCUGUGUAUCUGAAUGUUUUAACAGAUUCCAGUGUGAUCAAUACCAGAUUGAUUAUUGGAUCGGUGGUCGGGGGGCUGAUGGUGGUUCUGGUCAGCAUCGCUACGUUUCUCAUCAUUUACAGGAUGAAAGUUAAAAGGAACAAUUCCAGAAAUCAAACAGGAAUAUAG